AUGCCACAUUUAUCUGCGAAUCAGCAGCUAAUCGCGUUGCAACAACAGCCACAACAGCAACAUACAUAUUCAUCUCCACAAAUGCACAUGGCAUUAAUUCAGCAGCAGCAACAACAAAUUUCACAGGCAAUGGGAAUUUCGCGACCUAAUAAUAUAAUACCGAGUAAUUAUACGCAAAUAGCAUCAAGUAACAUCGCAUCACAGGGACAAAACUAUCAUCCCAGUUUUGCUGAUGCGUGCAGUCGAUUAGCGGAUUGGUUGUCGGAUGACCGAGCAUACGUGGAGCAACAGCAGGACAAUAUCUACAAAUGCUUAAAGCUGGUGAAAGAUUAUAUAGCUUACGAUUUGGAGGCUGGGUUCCAAGUAUAUGUCCAAGUGCAAAAAUUUGUUAACAUGUUCAAAAACGAAGCUUACAAAAGGGAGAUAUUGCACUCAUUCAGUUAUGCUCGUCCCUCUGAUCCAAUGAAUAUUAGCACCAAUUCUCCGAAUUUAUCCGUUCAAACUGUCAAUAUUCAUUCUUUACCCACACAAAAUCAACAACAAAUUGUUCGUAAACCGCCACCAAAUCCCAAUAACCACAAUGGUGGUCACGUGCCUAAUAGCAAUAUUCCACCAGGAAAUGAACCCAUAUUUCAACGGAUAGAUCCAGAUGCACGACAUAUUCAUUGGAGAUUAGAACACAAACAGAACUUCAGUGAUGCAGAAAUUCGGCACAGACAGAGCUUCAGCGAUAAGGAAAUAAUAUUAUCAGCUCGCGAUCUAAGCAGAAUCUAUAGGCAAGAGAAUCCAAUUAUCCCGACGAUCACCACGGAACAAAGAGAUCUUCCUCUUGCUAUUCGACUUAUAUGUCGGAAAACGAAUCGUCACGAUGAGGACAAAUGUGAAUGGCCAGAAGGAUUAUCACUUUUCCUUGACAAUCAUCUUUUGCCUUUUGAAAAGCGAGUUAAACAAAUGGUAAAUGGUCGAAAUGAUCAGUUUGUCUAUAAUGGAAUAGACCGGCCGCUGGACAUAAGCCCUUGGAUUCGAAAUACACAUCACACGCUAAGGAUAAGCGUGCCCGGUAAUGCAUGUUGCUGCACCACACAGCAAUAUGGCGGAGGCCUAGAGUGUCGUAGUGUAGUGUUUCCCCCUUUUCAAUUUUGUAAUUAUCGAUUCUCUGUCGAAUAUCUAUUACGUGAAACUCGGGAUGUUGUAUUAUACAAUGCCCGGCGAAAUACAAUUCCUAUGGAAGACGGAAUAAAAGUUGUUAACCGACUUGUUUCCGGUAAUAACAGCACUAAUAACGAUGAUGUUAUGAUAGUGCAAACUGUGGUGAAGGUUUGCAUGAAAUGUCCUCUCACCUUAACGAGAAUAAAAGAACCCGUUAAAGGAGUCGACUGUCGCCAUGUGGCGUGCUUUGAUCUUAUGUCGUAUGUUGAGGUGAAUCGAGUAAAGCAGACAUGGAACUGUCCUGAAUUUGGAUGCCGUAAUAAAGUUACAGCAGACAAAUUACGCACUGAUCUCUUUUUUAAGAGAUUGUUGGAUGAAGUUCCUCAGGAUGUGACAAUGAUCGAGCUAGGACUGGAUGGAUUGUGGAAACCGAUAUCAGAUGGGUCCAACGAUGACGACACUGAUUCAGAACGUCACGUAAAAAAAACAAAACCAGCACCACGAAAUGAACCUAACAAUCAAGAAGUGAUCGUGCUGGAUGAUAGUGAUGAUGACGACAACCAAGAGCAACAGCAAUCCUUUAAUGAUACCCCAAUAAAUCGAAGAUCAGAAAUCUCAAUACCACAGCCAAAAUUUCCGAGACCACCGACAGCAACACCGGUGGAGAGCAAUAAUUUAAUAUCAUCACCUACAAUCGAAAAAUCAAAUACCCCUUCUCCACCACUUCCGCUCACACCAAUGGACCAUCGCAUAAUGAAUCUACCACCGAUUAUUACACCAAAUCAUCAAAUAACGACGAAAAAUGAUUUUGUUGUUGAUGAUUCGAGUCGUAGAUUAGUGGAUUCAUUAAAUAACGAUGACUUAAGUAAAACAAUAAAUAAUGCCAAGGAAAAUAAUGUGAAUAAAAACAGCAACAACAGUAACAUUAAAAAACAAGAAACGAGACUCACUUCAGCUAGACUUCCUGCUGACAUUAAUUCAACGAACUAUGUCGAUGAUGGAAGCUUGACCGAAGAGGAGGAGGAGGAAGUAAUGGAUUCUGGAAGGGUGACUAUGAAGUGA